CAUGGCUUCCAUAGGAACCGAACUCUUUUUUUUACCGGAAGUCUUUGACCGGACGACGUACUCGAUUGGUGAAUGACUUCCGUAAACAGACGUCUUCGUGGCGAAAAAUGCCCGUCGUAUUACCAGUUGUGGCAGAACAGCUUUUCCGAGAUAUCCGUAAAACAUACCGAGAAACUUCUCAAAUUCCUGAUGACUUACUGAUUGCGCUGAAAUUUGUUUUUGGGCCCUGUGCAAUACAAGCUUUGGAUCUGGUUGACCGGCGCUCAGUCACCUGUUUGUCAUCUCCCAGUGGACGUAAAGCCUUCCAGGUCGCAGGAGCCUCGGGGGGUCUGUACACUUGCUUCUCGUCCUGCCACUACUGCUCGUGUCCUGCCUUCGCCUACGCGGUGCUGCGGAGGAAUGAAGGCCUGCUGGUGAGGAUCUCACAGGAAGACAAACACUGCAAACACAUUCUGGCCGUGUACCUGUGUGAGGCCACGGGCGUGACUCGCCCGCAAAGUGCGUCAGAUGAGCAGAUGACAGCGCUGCUCAGUGGGACGUCGUCGCUGUGAGUCCCACGUAUGUUCCGCUUGGAUGCCGAUCACGAUGGUGGCGAUGGAGGACAGGAACAGCGUUACGUUGCUUUUCUUAUUCCUCUCUUUUAUAUUUUGGCCUCCCUCAAGAGUUCCUAAUCUGUUUCCAGGGAAACAUCUGUUCACUGAGGUUGCACUGCUUUAUUUUCAGCUUCCUCGUUGGGAAACAGUGAGACGCUGCACGCUCGUAUGUUUUUUUUCCUCCUUUGAAAAGCUUGUUUUAUCUGUCAACAUAUUGUACGUAAAUGACUUUCGGAAUAAAGUCAGAUCAUGGACGACAUAAA